AUGGCCAUUUACUUAGGUGUCUGCAUGAUUUUGCUGAAAUUUUGUGUAGCUUUUGCUAGCAACCUUAGGAAUGAGUCAUGCAUUGAUGGUGCCACUAUUGUAUUAAGCAUUGGUUUCUACCAAAAUAGUUGUCCAGAGGCAGAACCUAUCAUCUUUUCAAGGGUCGAAAAGGCUGUUUCUGAUGACCCGAGAAUGGCCGCUUCUUUGCUGCGACUUCAUUUUCACGAUUGCUUUGGAUGUGAUGCUUCAGUGCUGCUGGAUGACACACCAAAUUUUGUUGGAGAAAAAACUGCAGCACCAAACUUGAACUCACUAAGGGGAUUUGAAGUGAUUGAUGCAAUAAAAGCUGAUCUUGAAUAUGUUUGUCCUCAGAUUGUGUCUUGUGCUGAUAUUCUUGCUGUUGCUGCUAGAGAUUCUGUUGUUUUGUCAGGUGGGCCUGGAUGGGAUGUACAAAUGGGCCGAAAAGAUAGUUUAAGUGCUAGCAAAACAGCAGCCAAUAACAAUAUCCCGGGCCCAAAUUCUGAUGUACCCACAUUAGUAGCCAAGUUCCAAAAUGUCGGGCUGUCACUCCAGGAUAUGGUUGCACUCUCUGGUGCACACACCAUGGGAAAAGCUCGAUGCUCAACGUUUAGCUCUCGAAUAAAUGGCAACAAUAAUGCAAACUCACCCGACAUCAAUUUGGAAUUCUUAGAGUCCCUCCAGCAACUAUGCUCAAGAUCUGAUUCUAACACAACACUCGCAGAUCUUGAUCAUAUGACACCAUCAAUGUUUGAUAAUCAGUACUACGUCAACAUUCUUUCGGGCGAGGGUUUACUAGCGUCUGACCAGGUGCUAGCCACUGGCAAUGACAAGACACGUGAUAUCAUCCGGAGUUAUGUGGAUGAUCUUGCAGCAUUUUACGAGGAUUUCAAAAAUUCGAUGCUGAAAAUGGGAAGCUUGGCAUCUCUAUCUAGUGGUGGAGAAAUUCGUAGAAACUGUAGGGCUGUCAAUUAA